AAACCAUCAGGAUGUCUUUCAGACUUGCAACCAAAAACGUACAAGCUAGCCAAAGAUUAAACGUUCAAGCUCGUAACUUGACCACACUCAAGCAAAGAGUCCAAGAGUUGAUCCCAGAGCGUCAAAAGGAAGCUUUGGAAGUUAAGAAGCUCGCUGAGGAGAAGAAGCACUCAUUCGGUGAGAACACCAUUGACCAAAUGUACGGUGGUAUGCGUGGUAUCAAGGCACUCAUCUGGGAACCAUCAGUCUUGGAUGCUGAAGAGGGUAUCAGAUUCCGUGGCUUGACCAUCCCAGACUGUCAAGCACAACUUCCAAAGGCUCCAGGUGGAAAUGAACCAUUGCCAGAAUCAUUAUUCUACUUGUUGGUUACCGGUGAAGUUCCAACCCAAGAGCAAGUCAACGCUCUUUCAGAAGACUGGGCUGCCAGAGCACAAAUUCCAAAGUUCAUCGAAGAACUCAUCGACAGAUGUCCAAAGUCACUCCACCCAAUGUCUCAAUUCUCACUCGCUGUCACCGCUCUCAACCACGACUCAGCUUUCGCUAAGGCUUACGCUAACGGUGUUAACAAGAAGGAAUACUGGGACACCACCUUCGAAGACUCAAUGGACUUGAUCGCUAAGCUCCCAACCAUUGCCGGCCGUAUCUACCAAAACGUUUUCGGUGAGGGCAAGCACGCAGCUAUUGACCUCAAGAAGGAUUACUCACACAACCUUUCAACCCUCCUUGGUUACGGUAACAACGAACAAUUCGUUGAACUCAUGCGUCUUUACUUGACCAUCCACUCUGACCACGAAGGUGGUAAUGUCUCAGCUCACACUGGUCACCUUGUCGGUUCAGCUUUGAGUGACCCAUUCCUUUCAUACGCUGCUGCUUUGAACGGUCUCGCUGGUCCACUCCACGGUCUUGCUAACCAAGAAGUUCUCUCAUGGAUUCUUAAGAUGAAGUCACAAAUUGGUGAAGACGCUUCAGAUGAGAAGGUUAGAGAAUACGUCUGGUCAACCCUCAAGGGUGGUCAAGUCGUUCCAGGUUACGGUCACGCAGUUCUUAGAAAGACUGACCCACGUUACCAAGCUCAAAGAGAAUUCGCUCUUAAGCACCUCAAGGGUGACAAGAACUUCAAGCUCGUUGACCAAAUCUACAACAUCGUUCCAGGCGUUCUCUUAGAAGCUGGUAAGGCAAAGAACCCAUGGCCAAACGUAGAUGCUCACUCAGGUGUUCUCCUUACUCACUAUGGAUUCACUCAACAAAACUUCUACACUGUUCUCUUCGGUGUUUCAAGAGCUCUUGGUGUUACCUCACAACUCAUCUGGGACAGAGCUUUGGGUAUGCCACUUGAACGUCCAAAGUCAUUCUCAACUGCCCACCUCAAGGGUAUCCUCAGCAAGUAAAAUUCCUGAGAUAUAAUUAACAUUUUAAUUAAUCUUUUAUAUAUUAAUAAAAUUCGUUUAGAUGAAUGUUUUUCAUGAUGA